ACUGAAAGGGUGAUGUUCGCCCGAAGGUCAAAAGCAACUUCCAUCACUUUGCCGUGAGUUCAUGUGAAGUCUGGAAGGUCUGAACUAAGCAACUUUCUUGGCCAAUGCAAAGAGCGAAAUCCGAAGGUUCCUACCAGUGGCAACAUGCAUCAGAGAUCCUGUCUGGAGCAGGCAGUGCAUCAUUGCAGCUGGGUUCAUUUGCAUUCAAUUCUAUGGUUGCUUCGGCUGCACGGGAGAGGCUUUGGCAGCUCGCGCUGUCGCUUCAGCAAGAGAUGCUGCUUCGGAACUUGAGACUUGAUGUCUACAGCUAUGCCUCCGCAUUCAACGCAGUUCGAGGGCAAGACACAGCAGUUGAACUUUGCAGCACAAUCAUGACUGACAUGUUCUCGAAGCAUGUGAUGCCAAACACAGUGGUCUUGAAUGCAGCAAUCAUAGCAGUCAGUGCCCUAGCCUGGGAGGAGGCUCUGGCUUACUACGCUAUGAUGAAGGACUUGUCCCUGGAGCCUGACCUCAUAACGCUCAGUUCAGCCAUGAGUGCUUGUACCAGUGGAUCCGCCUGGAGACUGGCCAUUCAGCUUUUUCGACAAGCUGAGAUGCAGCCCAACAUUGUGACCAGCAAUGCUGCAAUUUCCGCUUGCUCUGCUGGGAAUCUUUGGCAGGAAGCCCUAGCGGUCCUCAGCCACAUGGAAGCUGACGAUAUUUCGUAUGUUGGAGCCAUCAGUGCUUGUCGCAGCCAGAAACAAUGGCAGUUGGCUUUGGACCUGUUGCAGAACUGCCCAGGCAAUGUGAUUGCUUGCAGUGCUGCCAUUGCCGUUCUUGAGGCGGAUGGACGCUGGCAGUUUGCAGUAGCCUUGCUGGACAAAAUGCGCAGGAGAGGCCCAUCUCCCAAUGUGGUGACCUACAACUCGGUGAUCAGUGCUUGUGGAAAAGGUCAGCAGUGGCAGCGCGCCAUUGAUUUGUUGGCAGAAGCAAGGAAGAUGAAACUUCGGCCAGGAACGGUCACUUUGAAUGCUGCCACAAGUGCCUGCGAGAAAGGCCGCCGCUGGCAACAUGCUGAGCAGCUGCUCAGGGACGGAGAGGCUGCAAAACUUCGCAUCGAUGCCAUUGGCUUCUCAGCAGCUACCAGUGCCUGUGAGAAGGGAUGGCAAUGGAACCAUGCACUUCAGAUGCUGCAAGAAAUGCAUCGUCGGCGGCUUCUGGAGGUGGUGUCCUGCAAUGCAGCCCUAAGUG